CUUGCUGUGUUGGCUUGAGUUGUGUAAACAAGCAGGAAGGAGAAGCAGGAGGCAGGAGGAGACUGUCGGGUCUGCUCCUGAUGAUCAAAUAUUCAAUAUCAUCAAUAUCAUCGUACCCUCCGACAGAGAUCUAGCGAGUGACACGCAUCAGCUGCAGGGUUUGGAGUGGAUUCAGGAUGCAGUCACUCCUCGCUCUGGUGAUGCUGGCAUUUGUGGCCUCCGUCGACUCGGUUCAGUGGCGGCGUCCCGUGAUCAAGUUCAACUCAAAGAUGUUGUCUGGUCCUGAAGUGGUGGUCAAACCUGGCACCCCGCUGGAUUUGAGGUGUGAGGGUGACGGGCCUGUGAACUGGCAACCCAGGCUGGCCAAACACAGACGUUUCGUGUCCAGGGGGUUGGGCCGCGUCCGCACUUUGAAGGUGGAGCGUCCCUCGGCCGAAUUCACAGGAACCUACAAGUGUUACUACACAGACGGACCACAGCUUCGUAAUCUGACCUCUUCGCUUCACGUGUAUGUCAAAGAUCCCAGCCGUGUGUUCUGGACUAGCAGCACCACUCUAAGGGUUGUGAAAAAAGAGGGUGAGGGUUUCAUGCUGCCCUGCCUCCUGACCGACCCGGACGCCACAGACCUGAGUCUCCGCAUGGACAACGGCACCACGGUGCCCCCUGGGAUGAAUUUCACCGUCUACCGGCACCGUGGUGUUCUUAUCCACAGCCUCCACCCCCGCUUCAAUGCUGACUAUGUGUGCACGGCCAAAGUCAACGGGGUGGAGCGCACCUCCAGAGCCUUCUCCAUCAACGUCAUCCAGAAGCUACGCUUCCCGCCGUAUGUCUUCUUGGAUUUGGAUGAAUACAUCCGCAUCGCUGGGGAGAAGCUGAAGAUCCGCUGCACGACACACAAUCCUAACUUCAACUACAACGUCACCUGGCUAUACACCACCAAAUCAAAAGCCACCAUAGAGGAGAGUGCGCGCUCCAGUGGCGAAAACCGCCUGGACAUCGAGAGCAUCUUCACCAUCCCUGCUGUGGACCUGGCAGACACAGGCAACGUUACCUGCGUCGGCACCAACGAAGCCGGCGUGAACAGUUCCACCACGUACUUGCUGGUUGUAGACAAGCCGUACAUCCGACUGCUGCCGCAGUUGUCGCCGAAGCUGGCCCACAGAGGUCUCUCCAUCGAGGUUAACGAGGGAGAAGAUCUGGAGCUCACCGUGCUCAUUGAGGCAUACCCCCAAAUUUUGGAGCACAGCUGGAAAACGCCAACAUCUCCCAGCGUGUCCACACAGGAGAACACGCUCAUCAGAUACAACAACAGAUACCACGCUACGCUGCAGCUGAAGAGAAUGAACUCUCAGGAGCAAGGCCAGUACACCUUCUAUGCCAGAAGCAACCUGACCAACGCCUCCGUCACGUUCCAAGUCCAGAUGUAUCAGAGACCCGUCGCCAUGGUGAGGUGGGAAAACGUGACCACUCUGACUUGCACAUCCUUCGGCUAUCCUGCCCCCAGAAUCAUCUGGUACCAGUGCUUUGGAAUACGGCCCACGUGCAACGAAAGCAAUACAGGGAUGCAGAUGGCCAUCCCACUGCAGGCUCAGACAGUGGAGGUCCAGAGGGAGGAGUACGGGGCUGUGGAGGUGGAGAGCGUCCUGACCGUAGGACCGUCCAGUCGGAGGAUGACAGUCGAGUGUGUGGCCUUUAACCUCGUCGGAGUCGGCAGCGACACGUUCGCCAUGGAAGUUUCUGAUAAACUUUUCACUUCCACCUUGACUGGAUCAGCAGGCAUUCUAUCCAUCCUCCUCGUGCUUCUGGUGUUUCUUCUCUACAAAUACAAGCAGAAACCCAGGUAUGAGAUCCGAUGGAAGAUCAUUGAGGCGAGGGAUGGCAAUAACUAUACCUUCAUUGACCCCACGCAGCUGCCCUACAACGAUAAAUGGGAGUUCCCAAGAGACAAGCUCAAGCUGGGCAAGAUCUUGGGUGCCGGAGCGUUUGGAAAAGUGGUGGAGGCCACAGCGUACGGUCUGGGAGAGGAAGACAACGUGUUGCGUGUGGCGGUGAAAAUGUUAAAAGCCAGCGCACAUUCCGACGAGAGUGAAGCGCUGAUGUCAGAGCUGAAGAUCCUGAGUCACUUGGGACACCACCAGAACAUUGUCAACCUGCUGGGAGCCUGCACCUUUGGAGGACCGGUGCUGGUCAUCACGGAGUACUGCAGCUUGGGCGACCUGCUCAACUUCCUCCGCCAGAAAGCAGAGACCUUUGUGAGCUUUGUCAUGAACAUCGCGGAGAACUCCAACGACUACCAGAACGUCUGCAAGCAGAAAUAUUUCAUCAGAAGUGACAGCGGGAUCUCCAGUGCGUCUUCAAGCAGCUACUUGGAGAUGAGACCCUCUCAGCCAGAAAACAACGAGCCUGUACAAAACUGCGAGUGCGAGGAGACUGGCGAAUGGCCUUUGGACAUGGACGAUCUGUUGAGGUUUUCCUAUCAAGUGGCUCAAGGCUUGGACUUCUUGGCAGCCAGAAAUUGUAUCCACAGAGACGUGGCGGCCAGAAACGUCCUUUUGACCAACCAUCGAUUAGCCAAGAUUUGUGACUUUGGCCUGGCGCGUGACAUCAUGAACGACUCCAACUACGUGGUGAAGGGAAAUGCGCGUCUGCCGGUGAAGUGGAUGGCUCCAGAGAGCAUCUUUGACUGCGUCUACACGGUCCAGAGUGACGUCUGGUCCUAUGGAAUCCUCCUGUGGGAGAUCUUCUCCUUGGGGAAAAGUCCUUACCCCAGCAUUGCUGUGGACUCCAGGUUCUACAAGAUGGUGAAACGUGGCUACCAGAUGUGUCAGCCAGACUUUGCGCCACCUGAGAUAUAUGCCAUCAUGAAGAUGUGCUGGCAUCUGGAGCCCACGGAGAGACCCACUUUCAGCAAGGUCAGCCAGAUGAUACAACGCCAACUGGGGGAGCAAGAACAGAUGAUUUACCAGAACGUGGAGCAGCAGCAGGUCACGGAGGGUGAGGAGCGUGACGAGUCCGAGUGCUGCGACGACCCCUUUGAGAGGUCUUGUGAGCUGACCGAGGAGCUGGAACAACCUUUGAUGAAGACCAACAACUACCAGUUUUGUUGAAGCCUCCUGGUCAGUGGAUGGACACACCUCAGUGGCAUCAGGUGUUUGUACGUGCAGAAGAAGCCACGCCCACAGACGUGGUGACCGCAGGAAACACGCUCCACCAUUAUCACCCCUCAUGGACUCUUUUUGCAGCUCCAUCCGUGCAGGAUCUACCCGGAAGACCUCAAGUCAUCUUCCUCACUGCAGGAUGUUUCCUCCUCCUCUCCCAUGGCAGGAAUGUUCACAGGCGGUUAAAGCGUGUCCAAUCCAUUGUGACGGAGGCAAAGAAUGACAACGUUGUUUUGGCCCGCCACGCUGCGGUCAUAGCUGCGUCUCUUGUGACACCAUUACUGUUGCCCUGGAGACAUGUGAUCCCGCUCAAGUCUAAUCAGUUAUCAACAGGUUGGGAGCGAUGGUGGACGUGUGAACCGGGCGGGGCAACCACAGCGAGGAGGGGCUCCAUAUGGCCUCAUUCGGCGCCGUUUACCUGACAUGGGAAACAUGAGGAAGUUUGGGGGGUUGCAUUGUGAACGUGUUGAAUAUCUUACAAACCCCGUUUCCAUAUGAGUUGGGAAGUUGUGUUAG